CUGAUCUUUUCGACAGCAAAGCAUGGCUGCAUCCACGUAAUGUUUGUAGAAAUGAUUCUUUUGAAUUUUUGUUUCGGUACCCUUGAUGUUUACUUAAAAUAAAAUUACAUUUCAAUAAAAUAAUACUACUCGCAAAAUCUGCUGCUGUAAUGGAAGAAAUAUAUGCUGCUUGCAUCACCUAUGAACCUGGCAUCAUCGAUUACGUUGAUUUGAAAAAAUUGACAGAACCAGUGUGGCUCUUAGGAAAGCAAUAUCGUGUCCAUGAAGGUGAUGAGUUUGAGAAACUAAAUGAAGACAUAGUGAGCAAGCCUUGGUUUACCUACAGAAAGCAGUUUUCAGCCAUUGGGGAUAGCGGCUUGACUUCUGAUUCUGGAUGGGGCUGCAUGCACCGCUGUGGACAGAUGCUGAUGGCACAGGCACUGAUCGUUCGACAUCUAGGCAGAGAGUUCACGUGGUGCUCAGAUGAUCCAGACCAGACUUACCUGUCCCUCAUGGAGCAGUUUGAUGACAGGCCCGAGUGCCGGUAUUCCAUUCACAGCAUAGCUAUUGAAGGCAGCCUUCUGGAGAAGCAGAUCGGCCAAUGGUAUGGCCCCAAUACAGUUGUACAAAUUUUAAAAAGACUGGCAGAAGAAGACGAGAAGAAUGACUUAGUGCUUCACGUGGCCAUGGACAACAUGGUCAUAAAAAAGGAAAUCAGGAAACUGUUGAGGCGGAAGAGGAAGAACGAGGAAGAUAAUCGUCGCAGCCCCAUCCUCCUAACUGUUCCCUUACGGCUGGGUCUCUCGGAAAUAAUUCCAACAUACUUCGAAAAGCUGAAGGCAGCGUUCAGGAUGAAGCAGUCACUAGGUAUUAUUGGGGGAAGGACUAACCAUGCCUCCUACUUCAUUGGAUAUGUUGGUAAGGAGUUGAUCUAUUUGGAUCCACACACCACACAGAUUUACAAGAGCCCCCGCGAAGACUCCACCUUCCACUGUAGUCGCCCCAGUCGCAUGGACUUCACUCAGCUCGACCCAUCUGUAGCCUUGUCCUUCUAUAUUGAGAGUGAAUCUGACUUUGAGCAAUGGUGCACAGAUGCCAGACAAGUGUUAUUAGAGCCUGAAAAGGAUGCUUUGUUUGAAAUACUAGAAGAGAAGCCGCCCAUGAUGCCUUAUGUUGACAUCGAGUUGGAUGAUGACUUUGAUGCUUCGCUGAACGAGAGAGAUAGAAUUUACACAUCUGAUGAAGAAUUUGAACUGCUCAUGUAAAUGAAUUGCUCCUCAGUGAUUCUCCAGCCUGGUCCUUCAGAUAACUGAAACAAAAUGUUGCGUGAGGGUUGAAAUUUUUCAUGAGUAACUUCUGAGCACUAUUGCCAACAUCAUGCCAAAAAUUAACAUAUUCUCAGAAAAUGGCUUCAUGCAUCAAGUCUUUUACGGCUAGAAGUUUCACUUCUGGAAGUGUGAAUUUCCAUUUAAUAACUUCCGUUUUAUAAAUGCUCCAUGAGAUAUUGAAUAAAAUUAUUUGUCUUUUGAUUGUGGAAAGUAUGUUUGAAAUGUAAAAUAAAAUCCUUCGGAUGAUAAGGAUGUUGUAAAUCCAUUCGGAAUGUUUCGUCAACUCCCCCCUCCCCCCCCCCCCCCCAUCGAGAUGUAAGUGACACAAAUUUGGAAAUUGAAAACUGUAUUUCAGGGUUUUUGGAGCCUCAUUAAGUGGUCAAGUGACAUAAAUAAGAAGGCCUCAAGAUUAAUUUUGUUUUAUUAAGUUCAAAAAAAAAAAAAAUCUAAAUACUAGUAACUGAAAAUUCACUCUACACAGUGGUUUUAUGUUUUAAAUGUCAGCACACCUCAAAACUUCCGAUUCUU